UGUGGUCGGUACAAUAGCAGAAGCCUAACUGUACCGGUCAGUCAUCUCUAGGUAAGGCGGCCAGGCGGACGCCCUAUAAUAGUUUACUCAAUUGUCUGUGAUAUUUUGUGCCAGCCAGCGUAACUAAUAACCAUGAAGUUAAAAUCAGAACUCCUGGAGCAACCAGCCGGCGAGAUGUGGAAAAAGAUCAGGGAAGAGCUAAAGGAAGACUUGGAGACUUGUGACAGGGACGCGGCCCUCAUCAGGGAUUGGCUGAAGAAGCAGCCGCACUUGCCUGAUGACUGGGAUUACCAAUGCCUGGUCACUUUUCUUCGCGGCAGCAGCUAUUCGCUAGAGAAGUGCAAGCGUAAGCUGGACAUGUACUUCACCAUGCGAGCUGCUUGCCCUGAAUUCUUCACUGAGAGAGACAUCACUAAGCCAGCCCUCAAGGACGUAUACAUGACCAAAAUACAAGGUCCGCCACUACCGGGUAUCACUCCGAAUGGAAGAAGAGUCACAUUAAUCAGAGGCACCCAUCCCAAUCUCGAUUCAAAGCAGAUCACUGACGUGCUGAAACUGGCGUUGAUGAUUGGUGACGUCCGACUCACGGAGGAGAAAGUUGGAGUUGCUGGAGAUGUUUACAUCAUAGAUGCCACAGUUUUGGGACCUAGUCUCUUAGCUAAGCUGUCUCCUAGCGUCAUUAAGAAGUUCUUGAUUUGUGUCCAGGAAGCCUAUCCAGUAAAACUAAAAGAAGUCCACAUCAUCAACACAUCUUCAAUCGUUGAGCGCUUUAUCAACUUUAUCAAACCUUUCCUCAAAGAGAAAAUCAGGAAAAGAAUCUACGUCCACAAAGGUAUGAAAGAGCUGAGCAAACACAUCCCUCUGGAGAUGCUGCCAGCUGAGUACGGUGGCAAGAGCCCCAGCAUUGACGUUCUACAUGAACAAUGGCGACUAAAGUUAGAAGAAUACCGCGAUUGGUUUGCUGCGCAAGAGUCAGUGAAAGCCAACGAGGCGCUCCGGCCGGGUCAGCCGACCAACUACGACGAACUCUUCGGUAUCGAUGGCUCCUUCAGACAGCUGUCUAUAGAUUAAGCUUAACCAGACCGCUUGGAACACACCGCUUGACUUGCGUUGUCUCGUACGACUCCAUAUGACUAGCGCGACUUCAAGUAUGGAUGUUAUGCUAAGCGGUCCCUUAUUUCACUAAUUUGGCAUAAGUCAUCUGCUCUGGCACAAAGAGAAUUUGAAAUAGAAGUGGAUUGUCAUAGAAAACUUUGUAGUCGCAAUAAAUUUACAGCCAUCUUUCGACACUCGAUUAAAAUUUUAGAAAGCCAUUUUACUUUGAUCCUUAUUCUUUCACUGAUAUGUGUUAAAUUUGUUAGAUAUCAAAAACUGGUGCCAUCUAAUAGAUCAAAUACCACAACCUUUAGCCGAUUCCCAUUAAGAUGUCGCCACUUUUUGAUAUUUAACAAAUUUAACGCAUAUCAGUGAAAUAAUAAGGAUCAAAGUAAAAUGCCUUUCUAAAAUUUUAAUCGAGUGUCGAAAAAAGGUAGUACAUUUCUGUGGCUAGGAAUAUUUCUUUGUCAAUCCACCUUUAUUUCAAAUUAUCUUCGUCUGGCAUUGUCAUCUUGCUGAAAAACAAGCUCUACGUCUAAUUUGCCUAAAAAAGGACACGAACUAAAAAUGAUGGCAAUAAGGUGGUUAAUACAUAUUUAUACUAAAAUGGUCGCAUUAUUAUUUCAGACCUCUUAAAUAAUUAUAUUCUUAUACUCAAGUAGAUUCGGACCACACUAAAUCUGCACAGACUUUGCAAUGACAAAGUGUGGCUGUUUCAACAUAAACUUCAAAUUUCUAUGAAAUUAGGAAGUUUAUUUUACUGGAAUGACUGAUUCUAUACUGGAGUUAUAUUUGUUAUAUUAUACUAUAGUUAUUUAGCAGCUGUUCAUCAUUAGGCUCUAGAUGUGAUAAGAUUAAUGAUUGUCAAAGGGUCAUGCAGAUAAAAUCAUAUUUUAUAAUAUAAUUAUAAUUUAAUUAGUACUUUAAGUUACAGAAUCACAAAUGGGGAAUCUAUAAUUUACUUAUGUUUCUUUUAUAAUACAUUUUAUAAUUAUGAAGUAUUUACCAUCUAAAAUACUAGAUGGUAGUACGUA